UUCUGCAGGGCGAUAAUCAAAACCUUCUACUUUUAGCCUGCCUCAAAUCAAGCCAUAUGAGCAUGUAUCUUCACUUCCCAGGUUCCUUUCAUGGUCGCGGAACGCUCACCUUCGCGCGUUUCUCCUGCGUCGGAACCCGAACGAAGCACCGAGGAUGAACGUGCUUGCUCUGUUCUUCGGCUGCUGUGCGCUUUUGUGCAUGCAUUUGGUAUCGCAAGCCCUUGGUGUGGAAACCAAACUGAGGUUAACGUCCUCGGCAGCGAACAACGCCGCCAAGAUAUCGCGCAUACGCGCUUCGGCGCCGCGGACUCACACGCACAGCACAGCGCACGCGACAUCAGGACUCACCGCGCGCACCGGAGUAAGAACCGUCCACUCGGCGCAUCAGAGAGCGCCGGUAAAACGCACUGUGAAGGUGAAAAACAAAUCGGAGGAGAAAGAGACACCAAGACAAUCAGCUGUCACACCGCAUGAUUACAUGUUGUCUCUUUACUGGUCUCUGUCUACUGGACAGAUGAACCGGAGCGCAAUGCACGAGGCGGGCAUGGCUAACACCAUCACCAGCUUCGUGGACAAAGGCCAAGAUGAGCAUGUGCCCCUGUUAAGGCGCCAGAGGUAUUACUUUAACAUCAGCUCCCUGGAGAAGGAGGGACUGCUUGGAGCUGAAUUACGCAUUCUCCGAAAACCCUUCGUUGAUCCUCGUAGAAUCCAUGCAACUGAGAGCAGAACCUCUCUUCGACUUUACACAUGUGCCACAAGCAAGCAGAGGGCUAUGCUGCUCCACUCACAACCCAUAGAGGAUCGAAGCAUCCCAAAAUGGGAGGUGUUUGACAUUUGGAAACUAUUCAAGAGUUUCAGAAACACUGUUCAGCUUUGUUUUGAGUUGGAGGCAAUGGAUCGAGGCCGCCCAUUGGACCUCAGGUCACUUGGCCUGGAUCGUUCAGGCCGGCAAAACAAGGAAAAGGCAUUCUUUGUGGUGUUCAGCCACACAAAGAAGCAUGGUCUCUUUUACAAUGAGAUCAAGGCACGCUCAGGUCAUGACAACAAAACUGUCUAUGAGUACCUGUUUACACAGCGCAGGAUGCGUCGGGCACCACUGCCACGUGUAAAGAAGCCGAGCAGAAGUCCAAAGACACGAUGCAACCGCAAGCAGUUGCAUGUUAACUUUAAGGAGAUGGGCUGGGAUGACUGGAUCAUUGCACCACUGGAGUAUGAGGCCUUCCACUGUGACGGAAUCUGUGAUUUUCCCAUCCGUUCACAUCUAGAGCCCACCAAUCAUGCCAUCAUCCAGACACUCAUGAACUCCAUGGAUUCUCACUUGACACCCCCCACAUGCUGUGUACCUACAAGACUUAGUCCUAUCAGUAUCCUCUACAUUGACUCAGCUAAUAAUGUUGUGUACAAGCAAUAUGAGGACAUGGUGGUAGAGAGUUGUGGCUGUAGAUAGCCAAAAGUACUAGA